AUGGCUCGAGUAGAUGCGCGGUCUCGUAAAGCAGAGUACAUCAAGUCACUGAAGGAUACAAUCACUCUUCCCGGAAAACCCAUAUCACUACAGGUUGUCGAUGGUCAUGUAUGGACCGCCGAAAGUGGCGCGGUGGCGAGGAAAACAUCCCUGGAAGCAAGUACUGGAAAGACUCUUCAACUGUUCAAAGGACAUACGGGACCAGUAACCUGCUUACAGAUCGUCAAGACUCCGAAAACCCAGUUACUCCUCACUGGUUCUUGGGAUAAGACUAUGCGGGUCUGGGAUAUUGCUAGUACAAAAGCCCUUUCCGUCACAUCCAUGCAUAGCGAUUUCUUGAAGUGUCUUCUCGUGAUUCCAUCUCUUGGCCUCCUUAUUAGUGGCUCUUCAGACAAGACGGCAAAAAUAUGGGACUUUGAGCAGACGCUUGAGAAUGCCGAAGUGUCUCCAAACUUACUUGGCAUAAUUUCAGAGCAUACACGUCCCGUAGAAUGUCUCGCCUACGAUAGCGUAGCAGGCGAGUUAUACACCGCCGAUAGCAUGGGUCGCAUUCUCGUUUGGCGCCUCGAGAUUGCGGCCGAUCGAUCGACAUGUCGCGCAUACAACCUCAAAGAUGUUUCUGGGCAUCGCACUGGGAUAAACGAUAUUUUGGUCUCGCAGGAAGGACUUUGGACCGCAUCGACAGACGAGACGGUCAUAUUUCAUCCACGUGAUGCAGAAAGGAAGACUGUGGUGAUCAAGCACAAGCACCCAGUCAAGAGUAUAUUAUUAAUUCAUGUCUCGGGGACGGACUCGAGAUUUCUCGUAACUGGAAGUGGCGAAAUCAUCUCUACUUUUGAAGUGACCAACUUGCUUUCCGGCAAUGGAGAUAUCGAUAGCCUCGGAGUCACAGAUGCCCAUGCCCACAACAUCACCAAUGUGGCCCAUAUAGAAAGCCAGGUUGAGUAUGAAACCUCUGAUUCGAUCUCUGUCCUCAGUGCCGGCUUGGACGGUCUAGUACGCAAGUGGAAAUUGGCAGACUUGAUAACCGGGGUCCCCGAUGCCUCGAGGGACCAGACUGCCCAAGUGGACAACGUGACCUUCACAGAGGAAGAAGAGAGGGAACUCGCAGAGUUACUCGACGCUGACUGA